UUCAUCCGUCAUUGAUAUUUUAAGAAAAAGUGAAAAUUUACACAAAAUUUUUAAGAAUAAUUGCAAAAAUAUAAAAUGUUUAAAACUUCUCAGGAUAUAAAAUUAAAAAUUCAUACUACAAAUAGUAGCGAUAAUAACGGUAUAGCUGGAAAAUAUCGCCGUUCACCGGAUAUUGAUGUUUAUGAGGAUCCAAGCAAAUUAUUUAUUUCUCCAGAAAUUACUGAUGUAAGUCGAAUAGAAAUACUUCAUUUUCCAUCUGAACCAGUUCCAAUAGAUGAAGAAGUUGAUUUUAUAAUUAAAAGAAAUGGUGCAAAAGGAAACUUUGAAGUUAAAGUUGAACAUCCAAAUAAUGGAUUAAGUAAUGUUGCCGUAAAAGAUGUUGAUCCAGAAAGAGUACGUGUUCGUUUUACACCAACUUCAGAAGGCUUAUAUAAAGUUCAUAUAAAAUGUAACUGUCUUAAAUGCCCAACAACACCAUUAACAGUUUAUAUUUUUGCAAAAGAUAUAGAUCAUUCAAUUGUUAGUGGAUCUUCAUUAAGAUUACCAUUGUUUACAUCUAAUUCAAAAAAAGUUACAAUUCGUGGUGAUGGUAUUAAAGUAGUUAAAUUAAAUACAAAAAAUGAAUUUAUCGUUGAUGCUUCAUUAGCUGGAAACAAUAUUCUAUUUGUAGGUAUUUUAGGACCCAAAGGACCCUGUAAUGAGGUAUGUGUUAAACAUAUGGGUAGGAAUAUAUAUUUAGUAUCAUAUUGGGUUCAAGAUCACGGUGAAUAUUUAAUUGCAGCCAAGUGGGGUGAUGACCAUAUUGUUGGAUCACCCUUUUAUUUAGUAACAGAUCAUAUAAAUUAGGAAUAAUAAAAAAAUUAUUUUAAGAUUUUGAAUAUAAAAGUCAUAUUAUAUUUAUGUAAAUUUUAAUAUUUGUUUUUUGUUUUUUAUGAUUUUGGUUAGUUAUGUAAUUAUAUGAACUUACUUAAUCUACAAUAAUUUUUAUAAGUAUAUAUGUAUAUAAUAAUAAUUAUUUGUAUGUUUUUAGUAUUAGCUUUGAUUUUUAAUACCAAACUUUUGUUUUCUUUCCCUAAAUUUCU